UUCCCCCCCCUGUCUUCUUCCCAGACUUUUUUCCUUUUUCUUUCUUUUUUUCCCCAUGUAGGCUAAUAUACAGGCCGGCGCUGCAAUUUCGGAAUCUGCCCUUGUAUAUGGCGGACGAAAUUUCCACAAGAGGAACCGCAACACAACCCGCCCCCCCUGUGCACGGCAGAAAACGGAGAGAGCUUGCACGGACCGAGUAAAGCUCGGCAAAUUCAUGAUUCAUUACGCCAUUACUCUUUCUAAAAUGUAACGUAGCGUGUCGCGGAGGGAUAAAAAAAAAAAAAAGAAAAAGAGAGAGCCCGUGGUGAAAUUUUUUUUUUUAACAAUUGGAAUUUCUCAUAACUAAUUCACAAUUUUUUUUUUGGGGGAGGAAGCAGUUUGUUGUGCAGUCACCUCUGGUCGGGGAGGGAAGGUUUCUGGAGCGGGGGAGCCUGGUUCGCAUGAGCUGCAUCGUUUUUGGAGAAGCACAGGCUCAGAGGAGGUGGAGUCAUGAGUGCACAAGAGGCACCCAAUCCUGGGAAGGAGCAGGCGGACGGUGGGAGUGCAGCCACAGAUGGCCCCUCACCAACCUUAGGCCCAAAGUCCAAGAAUACUAGUCCGCCACCUGUCACAAUAAAGAAAGAGCCUGGAACCUCGGAGACGAGUAACGGCAAAGUGGGUGAUGCCAACCCUGCUGAGAUCUGCGUUGUUAUUGGAGGAAAUGAUGGAGGAGCAAGUGGAGGUGGAUCCCGUAGAGCUCAGACCGAGGGUAUGUUUGCCCUUGGUACUCCUCCUCCAACGAAGAGCACAGACUCAUGCAUAGGUUCCUAUGUAUGUGGGGUAUGUGGGAAGAAGUACAAGUACUAUAACUGCUUUCAGACACACGUCAGGGCACACAGAGAAUCCGAGAGCAUGGUUGGAGACGGUCUACCCCCGACACCCAACAUCUUGUCUCCUCACUGUAGACGCCUUCCCAUAUGUGACAUCCUAAUGUCAAGUACUCGUAGCUUCCGUUAUUCCUGUGACAUCUGUGGCAAGAAGUAUAAAUACUACAGCUGCUUCCAGGAGCACCGUGACCUGCAUGCAGUUGAUGAUCCAUAUGAACAGGUAGUGUUACCUGUGGACAGCCUUAAAGAGGAGGAGCCAGUUGAACCUUACCAGAAAAUUGGACCAAGGGAAAAAGCACUCGCCCACCUCCGCAGAGACCGCGGGUUCAACCGACGGCAGCGGGUGUCCCUUCAAACACAAUUGGCAGUGUUCGCAGAAACUGGGAGCUAUGUUUGCGAGUUCUGUGGGAAGCAGUACAAGUACUUCAAUCCAUACCAGGAGCAUGUUGCUCUUCACACACCAAUGGGCUCCUUUGAUAUGAAGGCUUCACGGGUACAGGAAUGUGGGAGCAUGGAUAUGACUAAAUUUGGCCACAGCCAAACUGGUAAGAUAAAAAACAGUCCAUUCAGGCGGAAACUGGAAAGUGCAAUUCAGUCUAGUCUGGUUGACACAAAUAGCUCGCAAAAUUCAAGCGGAACGCCGAGCCCUCUGGUGGCCACCUCCUUCUCUACAACCCAGAAACCCUACACUUGUGGUGCCUGUGGCAUCCAGUUCCAGUUCUACAACAACCUCCUGGAGCACAUGCAGUCCCACGCUGCGGACAACGAGAACCACACCAAAGGGGACUCUCCCAAAACCUCCUCAGCCUCCGGUCCUCAAGAGCCGCUGUGGAGAGGUUCUCAGGCUCAGACUCAGACUCAGACUCAGACUCAGACUCAGGCCCAGGCCCAGGCCCAGGCCCAGGCCCAUUCCUCAGUUAAACUACAAAUGCAGCCUCAAACUAUCUCCCAGAGAAACCACACUCUCAGCCAGAAUAAUGGACUACCUGAGAAGGAGCGACAGCAGGUGGCUGAGCGCCUCUUACGGGUAAUGUGUUCGGAUCUGAGCAUGCUAAAUGUGCUCAACAGCAAGGACUUCCUGAAGUUGGCACAGACCCUAGUGGAUACGGGUGCUCGUCAUGGUGCCUACUCCACCCGUGAUGCUUUUGGCAACAUGAGUGCCUUGGCACUGCGCCAGCUGCCUCGCAUGUACAACCAAGUCAAAGUCAAAGUCACGUGUGCUCUAGGCUCCAAUGCUUCGCUUGGCAUCGCUGUCACCUGCCACUCCCAGACAUCAGGCCCAGAUGCUUGCUAUGUUCUUACAGCCUACCAGGUGGAAGGCUCGAGACUGAAGCGUUAUGUGCUCGGUGUGAGGGAGGCUGAGCUGAGGGAAGGGCCUGAGCAGGUUCACCACUGGGUGCAGAAUGUGCUGUCUGAGUUUGUAAUGUCAGACAUUCGCACUGUGUAUGUCUCAGAGCCAAGAGUGUGGGGAGCAGGAUUUGCGGGAUCACCGCUUGGUGGCGGCGGACGCGGCAGGAUAUGCUUGCGAUGCGCGGGGUGUUCACUCGGUGCAGUCGUUCAGGCUGUUCUCGGGAAGCGCAGCCUCCAAGCUCGAGGUCUCCAUGAGUUGGCUGAGCUUCUCUCAACAUGCCGAGAUAUCGCCUCUUCUUCCACACUGGCUCUUCGCGAGGACCAGUGCACCAACACAUCCACAAGCACAACCGAGGAAGGUACACAUAGCAGCCCUGCACAAUUCCCCACACCUCCUUGCUGGGAUCGUACGGCUGAAGCUCUUCUGCAGGUCCAUGCCCACUUUGAACAGAUUUGUGAGGCCUAUGGACGCAGUAAGUCCACGGCUCCAAUCCUCCAAGGUCUCAACAAGCAUCUGCUAGGGACGCUGGCUUGUCUGCUGGCACCUCUACGUCUGGCAGCUCUGGAGCUGAGCAGUCAGAGGAGACCAACCUUACAGCAGGUGCUGCCCGUCUACCUGCGCUUGGAGAAGUUUUUCACAUCCAAAGCUGGAGAGGCUGGAACCGGCACAGCUAGCAAACUCUGCCACUACUUUCUGGAAGCACUAAAGGAAAACUUUAAGGUUGAACGAGCCCACCAGGUAGCCAUGGUCCUGGACCCCCAGCUCAAGCUACGUUCAGUGCCAGCCUACCAGCAUGAAGACAUAAUCUCUCGUGCAUGCGAAAUGGCUGCUGAUACCAGGGAUGGAAGCAUGACCGGUGGCGGAGGUUCAGGCGGCGAAGAGCGGGACACUGACGGCCCACCAACCCCUAAAAUAAGCCGCGUAGAGGGAGGGGGAAACAAUGGCGGCACCUCAAGGGGGACCUCCUCAUCUUGCACAGUGUCUGGUAAUGAUGAGAGUCAGAGCCAAGUCAGACAAGAGAUUUUUCAAUACCUGGCUGAACCUCUUCUCCAAGGCACACCUGACCUCUUCCAGUACUGGAGCUCAGCAGUGGGUGACAAGUUCCCCAGGCUCGCUCGCCUGGCACUGUGGCUCCUCGCUGUGCCCGCUGUGGGCAUACGCAGCGAGUGCGUGACUGUUUGUGAGCAGAGCCUGGCUAUGAAGAGGAGGCAGCAGGUAACCGCUGAAGAGAUGAACAAACUCAUUUUCCUUCGCUCCAACAUGGGCUAGGAGAGAAACCCAACCAACCCUAACCAACCAAACCUUCACCUCCAACCAAUGACUUAAGACUAUUAUUUAUAUACUGUAGGUUUAGACCAACUGUAAACUUAAAUGUGUAUGGACAUUAAAUACUUCUCGAGACAGAUAUUUACAGGAAACUCACAUUGUACAGGUUGCAAACACCCAUUAAACAAUACGGCUUAUUACACAUUUUAUACAGAGAAAGGACUGUUGUAAAGUACAGUGGACAAAAUGUAGGGGUGGAACGGUAACAUUCAAAAGAUUGUCCUGUUUGGUACGCCACCCUCGGUAUGGGAUGCACACGUAAGCAGGAUGAGUUUCAGUCUUAACACGGCCAGUGAUUUGAGUUACUCCAGCCUAAUGACUAAACUGCUAAAAGGCUCUAAUGCUGUUAUUCUCACUGGAUGGCAACAUUUUCAGGUAAAGUCAGCUUUCACUGAUUUGAAGCUACUGUCAUAGACCUCUGAAAACACAUAUAGCAGUAAGGACUGUAGCAUGUACAGUAAGUCGGAGAAUGAUCAUUUUCAUUGGUGUGUGACAAAAAACAUUCAAGUGGUGAAUUCUCACUGCCAUUGCACCUCUGACAAUUAGGUGUACUAGGAUUAUUAUUUAUUCACGUAUCAAUAAAAAAUAUAUUUUUCAUAUAACAUAUUCAGCCAUGGGAGAUGGGUUAGGUUAAAUGAGAGCUAAAUCAUUGCAGCUGAUUUGACAGUUGCUUCAGUGGCCUAAAAAUGUAGCUGUGGAUCAUUUGCAUGGACUGGGCUACAUGCAUUAUUCAUAUUUAAAUGGGUAAAAAGCAGUUGAUAAAACAUUAAUAAUGAUAUGAUGCUUUUCUUUUUGUUUAUGUAAGAAAUUGUAAAAGAAAAUAAGUCAAAAUUAACUCGAGAGGUUAACCCUAACCCUUAUGCUGCUAGAUAUGCAAGUCAAAUGGCUAGAUUUGCACAGAACGGCCAGUGUCGCAAAGUUCAGUUGAAUAAAAUGCACAAAAAUGUACAUGCACAAAAAGGACAGCAUCAUAUUAGUGCCUGUUUGUGGUCGGCCAUUACGCUGAUUUCAUUCAGCCUUACCUAUACAAUAGCUGGGUUGCACCAACAGGAAAUCAAAUAACAUGUUCAAUAAAUAAAUCCUUAUAUUAUCCUUUAAUGCCUACAACCCAGCUUGUAAUCACACAAUAAUGACAUCUAGAGGCCAUUUUGUCGGGCUUGAUGAUAGUUUCCAGUGCUGGUAGUUCAGGACUGGCACAUCAGUGAGGUCUGUAAAAGAGACGCCUACAGUCAGCGAUAAGUUGCUCUCAGAUAGACAGCAGUAACGUUAUUAGCCAUCAGUUUGGUAAGCUCGUAGGCAAGGAUUUAAUUCAUAAUUGCAUAAAUCCUUGUGUGGUUGCCCACUGUGUGUGUGGGUGUGUGUGCGUGAGUGUGUGUGUGUGUGUGUGUGUUAUGUACAUGUUUUUUUUUUUUUUUGGUGUAAGCUUAAUUAGUCUCGUCCAUAGAAAAUUUAUUAUUUUAUUUAUUCUUUCCUCAUUUAUCAUUCUAAUAUAAGCAUUGUCUUCCUUAUAUAUACUACAAAUUUCAAUUUUUAAGGCAAUAAGCUUUAUCACAGGGCAUAGUUUCCAACUUUCUCUACUAAAAAUGACUGUUCUCAUGACACUCCUACAGUUAAUUAUUAAUGGUAAAUUAUUUUCUGUUUGUGAAAUCAAUGGGAUUUUCUCAGGAAUGAGUGCACCCACGUUGGCACCAACACUUUUUUCCUCACUGUACCGAAAACACACCAAACUGUGACCUCAAUGCCGAGGUAUGUACUGAACCGUGACUUUUGUGAAACGUUCCACCCCCCAAAUGCAGUUAGUGCCAUUUGCAACAAACGGAAAAAUAGAUCACUGAGGGUUUAUUUUUUUCAGGAUGAAGUGAAUUCUGCAAGUACAUUCACUAAAGUCAACACAUGCAUACUAACUUAUUUUUUUAUGGAUUCUAAUAUACAUUUACUCAAGCUGAUACCUCCUAAAAUGACUUGGAUGAAUGGAAGUUAUACUGUAAAUUUGUUUGUUGCCUUUGGUACUAAUCAGUCAAGUACUAGUUUGUCAUCUCUGUUUUUGGGCCUUAAGUCUCUUUCAUGCGACCACCUUAAACCCUACAGUCAGAGCCAACAUCAUGCCUUUUUUAUCGCUGUUAAAUGGCCUUCUUUUCUUUUCUAAAGCUUAUAGUUUUUUAUUUUUCUUUCACUCAUGUAGACUCAAAGGGACUUAUGGCUGAUGGUUGGAAACAGUGUCCUCUAGUGGUCAACUGUGGACUUCUUAAAAUCAUGGACAACUGUGGUGUUACACAAGUGCUUUAUUCCAAAGUUCCCAAGUUUUAAAAAAGAAAAUUGAACACCUUUUGGAGUAAUCUCUUGGUUUAUAAAACAAGUCAGGAAUUAUUUCAACAAUAACACACCCAAGCACAAGUAUCUAUCACUGUAUAAACCUAUACUGAAAAGACUCCGUAGUAGAUUAAAACCACAUUUGCAGGUCUUCAUUAGGGGUCGCACCAGAGCAGGAAGACAUAUCAGUACUGAUUUUUAUGGUAUGAAACCUUUAUUGGGUUUUGUUUAUCACAAUAUUUGUGGUGCAACUUACAUAUUGUCUUUUGAUCCUAAAGGGUAGAGUACAGUUACAUACUCCAUAUGAAUGAACAGGGAAUGUCUCCACCUGCUUUGAAUUAACUUUUUUUUGUGCCAGAGGCUGCGUCAUCUACUCUGUAUUCAAAUAUUAAACACUAAUAGUCGUAACUGAAUAUAUAAGCCCAUUUUCAUCAGCAAAAAACCUAAUUUUAUCACUUUUUGUCAUGUUUCCCCUCUUUAGACCCCAGUAUCACUUAAGGUAUGGUCACCAUUUCCUGUUUUGGUUUGAUCUUCAUGGGUCAGAGUUCAUCUUUUGUUCAACUUUGACCUCAAAGAUGUGCACAGAGAGCCAACAGUAAGACAGGUGAACUCUACUUGGACAUGUAGAAGUCACUAUGGUAGCCCUGUGCCAAUUAUGUUUAACAUAAGGCUAAUGUGACUGUAAGGACACAGGAAGUAAGGAGUUGGUACAUUGCACAUGGGAAAUUUAUAGAACAUCAAAGAGAAUGGUCUAGUGUAAAGCCAAGAACACAUUUGUGGUCUCACAAGAAUGAUAAUCUUCUACCUGAAUGCAGUUGUGUCAAUUUUCAGUUAUAUGAUAAAAAUGCUAAUGUCAGUCAAUCAAAGGUGAAUGGCUUUGCAUUUCAAACUGUUUCACAACUACAUAAGAUGUUUUUUAAUAGACUCCUUACCUCCAUUAAUAACUUUGAUUUAGUGUUUAAUAAAUGCUUUUCUGUCCUUUUAAGGGUAACUUAACACCAGGCUGAAAAACACUCUUCUGCUGCCCUCUUUGGUUGAAGCUUUUCAAGCCUGUUUCACCACAUCCAUCAUCACCGAUGGGUGUGGUCUGAAAUGUGCUCUUUGGCACCUGUAACCGCACCUGUAAUCAGACCCAACAGUGAUGUCCUGGGGUCUUAGAAUACACCUGUACAUCACUGGAUCCAGGUGAGAAGUUAAACCACUGGAGGUCAGCAAAGACAACAUUGUCAGGGGGUGUUAAGUUUCAAUAUAAUGAUUUCUUUAUUUGAUUUUUUUUUUUAUUUGGUUCUUGACAGGAAUUAUUAUGAUGUUCGGGUUGAUUUAGUUACCCAACCUCAGUUGGAACAGUUAAUCUGUUUUUUCCUCUGUAAGGCUUGGGAGAAUGACUUAAUUCAAUGUAACCAAGACAUACACUUUUUUCAUUGUGAUAAUUUGCAUUCCUGAAAUCAAUAUGUAUACUGCUGUUUUAUGUCACACAUUUAUAUUUUGGUAAAAAAAAAGAAGAAAAAAAAUGAAAAUAGGUGUAAAUUAUAUUUUAAAUUUAAUUUUCUAAGUACCAAUCAAAUGUUUUACCUCAGUACUCAGAAGGUAAUGUUGUAAUUUCAAAAUUGGAAAUCAGCUGUUCAUACAAUAUUUAGCUUUGGUCAAAGAUACAGUCAAAUUACUGUACAUUGGUUUGUGAUUUUAGCAAUGAUCCUCAAUUGAACUGAUGAAGGGAUUUUUCUUACAGUUUUUAAAUAAGUAUUUUAAAUAGAAUAUGCUCUGGGACAAAAUGCCAUUGUUGACGUAAUGAUGUCAACUUAAUUUUACUUAGAAAUAGUGUUCCUUUUGUUGAUUAAAUGAGAAUUAUAUCUAAGAUAUGCAUGCUUUUAAUAAGAGUACUGAUUAUAUAAAGUUGGAGCCAACAUGAUUCACUUGCAUCUGAUGACAAACACUGGCUUACGAGUAGACGUUACCUUAAGACACUCUAUCAAGAGUCAGAUAAGCAACCUGGACUGAAUUUGAACCUUUCGAGGUGGUGGGAGUAGCGAUGCUGAUCAUGGGUUGGUGUUUAUGGGUUGACAUCAUCCAUUUUCAGAGGAUGUAUUAUGUAAAUACAAGAGAACUGCUGUUUUUAUGCCACAAGGGGGAGCCUUCAUUUCAGAGAUACAGUAGGGAACACCAAUAACAUUAUACCUCUAUUUUCUACAGUAGCAUUUCAAAAGGUUUUGAUAUAAUAGGAAACUCAACUUAGAUACUGUUAUUAGAAAACUGAAAUCAGCUGUAAGUUUUAUUUUGUUUCAGGAUUUUAACUUAUUCAGAUAAUAACUGUACAAUAUGGUAUAAGAAUGCUAACAUGGAGAUCAGUUCUGUUUAAACUAUGGAUUAUAGUCUGUAUUAUCAAUUCAGGUUAAGAAAUUAGUGUUGCUUUCAUCCUAUUUUACAGGCAUUACUUCCUUUUAUACUCUGCUAAAAUGCAAAAAAUGUGUUUGAUUCUAUUCUUUUUUUAUCGCACUUUGGCAGCAGAUUCCUGUGUAGCUUCAGAUCUCAGUUGUCUUAUUAGUAAGCCUAAUUUAUACUUUUGUAGCAACACUAUUUUUAUAUAAUGGCAAAGAAAGGGUUCAGUGUCUUUUUUUUUUUUUUUUUGAUUUGUUUUUUCCUGUGUCAUAUGUGGCAGCGCUGUUCAAUGUUUCUUGAAUACAUUACCCACUGUAGUAUGUGCUGUGUGAAUAAACUCCAAAUCUGUCAAA